CUUUUCCUCUCUCUUCCCUUCCCCGUCAUUCUGCGAAACCAGCGAGGCGAAGCGCGCUGCCGCCGCCUCCUCCUCUUCCCCUCCCCCCUCCUAGCCCCGAACUCCUGGCUUAAUUGCCUGAAGACAAGAGCGCGCGUCUGCGCGGCGGGUUUACUUUUCUUCAGGCGGCGGCGACGACGACGACGAAGAAGGCGACGACGGUGGAAGCAGCAGCCGGGACUGGAGAAGUCUCCGCCGAGGGAGGGUGGAAGAGUGGCGGGCGCGCAUGUCUCAGUGAUCGGCCGGGAAGAGGAACUCCCCACCCCCUCACCCCCCGCUGGGCUCCCCCCCCGCCCCGUCCUCGAUACGGAUUAACACGCAGCCUGCUGAAGCUGGAGCGCCAGAGACCCGCGCCCGCCCUUCCUCCCACAGAAUUAAAGAUGUCCACUGAAGGGCAAAGAGUUGACGAUAGUCCGAGCACUAGUGGAGGCAGCUCUGAUGGAGACCAGAGGGAAGGUGUUCAACAAGAUCAAGAAAGAGAACAGGUUCAACCGAAGAAAAAAGAAGGCAAAAUCUCUAGCAAAACAGCUGCUAAACUUUCAACUAGUGCUAAAAGAAUUCAGAAAGAACUUGCAGAAAUUACAUUAGACCCUCCUCCAAACUGUAGUGCUGGACCAAAAGGAGACAACAUUUAUGAAUGGAGAUCAACUAUAUUGGGGCCUCCAGGUUCUGUGUAUGAAGGAGGAGUUUUUUUCCUUGACAUUACAUUCUCACCAGACUAUCCCUUUAAGCCACCUAAGGUCACAUUUCGCACAAGAAUUUAUCACUGUAAUAUUAACAGCCAAGGAGUGAUUUGCUUGGACAUUUUAAAAGACAACUGGAGUCCAGCAUUAACCAUCUCUAAAGUCCUUCUUUCCAUCUGUUCACUUCUUACAGACUGCAACCCUGCUGACCCCUUGGUUGGAAGUAUUGCUACUCAGUAUAUGACAAACAGAGCAGAGCAUGACAGAAUGGCCAGACAGUGGACCAAGAGAUACGCUACAUAGGAAUCUGCUGUAGAACAUGCUGGACCUGUGCAAGCACAUUCACUAAGUGCAUCAAUAGCCCUUCCCUUUCCUUAUUUUUAUUACAAGCAUUUUGCGACAAAAGUUGACUCCCCACCCCCCUUUUCCCCCCUUAUUUUUAUUAUUUUAUUUUUCUGUUCAACUUGAAAAUUUUAAUCUCUAAAAUAUAGAUUGGGAAUUUUGGGUUACAGUGCAAGGAAUGUUGGAUCUGUAAUAGUAUAGAGCUUUGUCACAAAGCUUUGUAUUAAUGUAUUUUUUUUUCCUUUCAUGUGGUCUUGGGGGGGAAAGCAAGCAAACAACUCAAAACUAUAUCUUGUUUCUACUUAAAUGUAGUGUUUAGGGUUAUUUUUUUGUACGGAAGUCUCUAAUGGUGGGUGCAUGUUACUGGGAAUAGGUUUUGUAUAAAAAGCAUAAAAUCAAGAAUCACUGUGCAUUACUAAGACUGUGUUUUAACACUAGCCUUCUGUUUCCUGAACACAAGGCUGUUGGUUUGAACAAAAUGAUAUGUAUUUUGAUUUACUUAAAAGAAAAGUGCUUGUAAAUUUCUUAGGGACCUGCCACUUUUGACUGUGGAUCAGUUGAUGUACACUUGUAUUAUUAAAUCACUCAAUAAAAAACACUGUGGCUGA